CAAGUAGCAACAAAACGCACGUCGAUCCUAACUUAAGAAAACAAGUAGCAACAAAGCGUACGUCGUUGCUAAAUCGUAAACAAGUAGCAACAAAACGCACGUCGAUGAUAACUUGUAAACAAGUAGCAACAAAACGCACGUCGAUCCUAACUUGUAAACAAGUAGCAACAAAACGCACGUCGAUACUAACUUCAAAUCAAGUAGCAACAAAACGUACGUCGUGGCUAAAUCGUAAACAAGUAGCAACAAAACGCACGUUACAGGGACUGCAAUGCGCUGCUUGUUUGUAACAACUACCAACAAAACGCACGUCGUUGGAUCGGUAAUGCGUUACUGGCUCGAAAACAACCAGCAACAAUACGCAAGUCUCUGGAACUGUGAUGCGUAAACAUCUAGCAACAAAACGCACGUUGCAGGGACUGCAAUGCGUUGCUAACAUGUAAACAACUAGCAACAAAAUGCACGUCGUAGGGACUGCAUUGCGCGGCUAACUUGUAAACAACUAGCAACAAUGCGCCUGCGUAUGCAGUUAAAGGACGUCGGCAAGUUGUUGACACCGGAUUAUAAAAGGAAAGUAGAAAGUUGCAGGGGGGACAGUCGAUUGAGAGUCACUAGGCCAACAGGAGUCUAGAUCAACGAAGCAGCCUAUUUUUGCAACUUCAGGUGUAAAAAAGAGUCUCGACGGCAACAUGGCAAACCGAUCGCCUGUACUAAAGACCAAAGCCUAUUACAAACAACAGUGGCAGAACCAGGAAGAUGAGGUUACACCAACGUCCAGCAAACGUAUUUGCCAGGGUGUACCAGGAGUUACGCAGCCCAACCCAGUCCGGCUGGGAAGAACGACCAUAGGGGACGUACCGCGACCAGUGGCUAUUGUUCGUCCCUUUAGAGUGCAGCGGCGGCCAAGUUCGCUCGAUAUAAUCGAGAUUUCGGAUGAAGAGAACGCGGCAAACCCAGGUUUUAUGUGGCCUCCAGUCAACGGGUCAUUCGCCCCAAAUACCGAUGACCAGCCCACACCCCCCAGGCCGAGACAUGGGUCCGCAAAUUCCCCUACGCCACCGCAGAUUAUGUCGCCGGGAUCGUCGAUUAUCAUCCUCGACGAGGACUCCCUGUCAAGUGUAACGUCGCAUGAAUCCUUGCCAGCACCUAUAAUGUCCCCGGGAUCUUCAAUAAUCACCCUUGAGGAAGAAUCCCUCCCAGAAGUGAUACCGACUAGCAUCGUUUCACAAUCUGAAGCUUCGUCAGCAGAGGAUAAUUCCCAGGGAAACGAAAUAGUUUCCGACCUCGAGGUCAGGGAAGGUACGGACAAUGGGUACCAGGCCGAGCUUAGCACGUCACCAAGGUAUGCUGAUUGGACAGAGUCUGAAGCGGAAGAAAGCGGUUCUAGUAGCGAUGGGGACCCGAGAAGAAUGCGUAGCGUGGUAGUGGUUCCCGACGGCAGAAACUCAUGGUGCCGGUUUUCAUGCCGAGAGGAAUUUUCCAGUGAGGUUCAGGUGGGACUGCAGAGACACAUUCGGAUGGGCAUGGCGUUACGGGUACCUCGUAAACAGUACAAACGUAUCGUGGAAGUCUGUGGACGCUCCUAUAGACUGCUGAUUAACAGACAAGGGAAGGUUUUCGUCAAAAGCCGUUGAUUUCGAUUAACCCGAGGAGAGGGAGAAGUGUGAUGGCGGAAGUCGCAGGCUCGUUUCCGGUCACACAAACGUGUCUAGUUCCGGUAAUUAGCGGAAAUUAUUUAUAUUUUAUGAAUCCUUUUUUUAGUAAAUAUAUGGCAAUUAUGGAUUAAUUGGAAGAAAACUUAUAUUUCCCUUUAUUUUCGAUUGUUGCCACUGACCGCUUAUCGGGGGAAAAACAAGUAGCAACAAAACGCACGUCGAUCCUAACAUAAGAAAAACAAGUAGCAACAAAACGCACGUCGAUCCUAACUUAAGAAAACAAGUAGCAACAAAGCGUACGUCGUUGCUAAAUCGUAAACAAGUAGCAACAAAACGCACGUCGAUGAUAACUUGUAAACAAGUAGCAACAAAACGCACGUCGAUCCUAACUUGUAAACAAGUAGCAACAAAACGCACGUCGAUACUAACUUCAAAUCAAGUAGCAACAAAACGUACGUCGUGGCUAAAUCGUAAACAAGUAGCAACAAAACGCACGUUACAGGGACUGCAAUGCGCUGCUUGUUUGUAACAACUACCAACAAAACGCACGUCGUUGGAUCGGUAAUGCGUUACUGGCUCGAAAACAACCAGCAACAAUACGCAAGUCUCUGGAACUGUGAUGCGUAAACAUCUAGCAACAAAACGCACGUUGCAGGGACUGCAAUGCGUUGCUAACAUGUAAACAACUAGCAACAAAAUGCACGUCGUAGGGACUGCAUUGCGCGGCUAACUUGUAAACAACUAGCAA